CCAACCUUCGACAUCACCGCACAAGGCCUCGCAGAAGAAGCCGCAGAACUAAUCGCGUAUCUUGAACACUCCGCCGACAAACUAGUCGCCUCCGUCGCUCGCUCGGAACACACCUUCGACACGGUCAUCCGGCCGCUGGCCGCGAUCGACAAUGAGCUCCGCGCCCGCGUGCAAUACAUCGCGCUCUUCCAUGGCGUCUCCCCAUGCGCCGAGAUCAGACGGGCCUCGUCUGCGGCAGAGAAUAGAGUGGUCCAGGCGCACUUGGCGCUGUUCCAGCGGGACGAUCUUUUCGCGCUCGUCGACGCAGUCCAUGCCAAUCCUCAACAGCACGUGUCCGUCGACGAGGAGGAUCUGAAGCUGCUAAACAGGCUUCAUCAAAUGUUCAUUGAUAACGGAAUGAAGUUGACCGGGGCGAGCCGGGAGCGCUUUACGUGGAUCACGCGGCGAUUGGUCGACUUGCGAGUGGAAUUCAUGCAGAACCUUGGCGCGGAUCCGGGGUCUGUAUCCCUCAGCGAGGGCGAACUAGCGGGGUUGGGUGUGGAGGGAUUUGAGGUUGUCGAGGAAAGCAGUGUCGAUGCUGCUACUACGACGAAACGGUACCGGGUGCCCCUUACCAAGCCAGUCGUGACGAGAAUCCUGUCUCAAUGCAGCGUCCCGCAGACCCGGAAGGAAGUCUUCCUGCGUAAUCAGAACCGGUACCAGCCCAAUGUCGAGAUCUUCCGGGAGAUUGUGAUUUUGCGCGACGAAGCCUCGCGGCUGCUGGGGUUCGAGUCCUUCGCGCACCGCAAGCUUCAGCAGCAGCUCGUCAAAUCGCCGGACCGUGUGGAGAAAUGGUUGAAGGAGCUGCACAACACCUUGAAACCCCUCGCGCAACAGGAAAUGGAGCAGCUGCGAGCUGUGUCUGGAACAGACGCCAUCCAUCUCUGGGACCUGGAUUUCUACCAUAACCGCAUCCUCCAGCAACAGUACCAUGUCGACCACGAGCGCGUGGCGGAAUACUUCCCGGCUCGAGGCACGAUCCAGCGCAUGCUAGGCGUCUUCGAGGAGCUGUUCAGUGUGCAGUUCGAGAAGAUUGACGCCUCCGGCAAGCACACCUGGCAUGCGGAUGUGGAUGCGUUCGCGGUCUGGGAGGCCGAUAAGUCGGCCUUCAUCGGGUAUCUCUACGUGGACAUCUAUCCCCGGCCGGGGAAGUACAACCAUGCGGCUAAUUUCAAUAUCUAUCCUGCUUACCUCAACAGCGAGGGCAAACGAACCCCCGUCGUGACCGCAUUAGUCUGCAAUGUCUCGCGCGGCGAACCGGCCCUGCUGCGCCACCAGGAAGUCAUCACCAUCUUCCAUGAACUCGGACAUGGAAUGCACGACCUCCUCGGCCAAUCGAAAUACGCCCUCUUCCACGGCCACCGCACUGUGGCCGACUUCGUCGAAGCCCCCAGCCAACUCCUCGAGAACUGGUGCUGGGUCCCCGACUGCCUCCGCCGACUCAGCAGCCACUACACCUACACCUCAUCAUCAUCACCACCAUCACCAUCACCACCCUCAACCCCCCAAACCCACACCCCAACCCUCACCCAACCGCCCCAAAAAAUCCCCACCUCUCUCCUCACCGCCCUCCUGGCCGCCAAACCCCUCAACCUUGCCCUCCUCACUCUCCGUCAGAUCGCCUUCAGCACCUUCGACAUGGCCGUCCACCACCCUACUUCCCCGGCCGCACUGCAAUCCCUCGAUAUUGCGGCGACAUACAACCGCCUCCUCGAAGAAACGACCGGUCUGCAGGGCCCGUCACCGUCCCCGUCAACUUCCUCUUCCUCUGACCAGAAGUGUUGGACCUGGGGCCACGGCCACGUCACCACCGCGCACUACGUCUGGAGCCAGGAGGCGAACUACUAUUCGUAUCUUUUUACCCGCAUGCUGGCAGCGGAGAUCUGGACUUCGCAUUUCCAGGCGGACCCCAUGAGUCGGGAGGCGGGGCUGGCGUACCGGCGGGGGAUCCUGGAGUAUGGCGGGAGUCGGGAGGAGUGGGGGUUGAUUACUGGGUUGUUGGGGAGGGAGCCGGGCUUGGGGGCUUAUUUGAGGGAGUUGGGGGUGGAG